AUGGCGAGGGGAAGAAUGCCUUGCAAUGGGCUGUUCCAAGUUCCUACGAACACUCCAGUAAUUAUUAAUAAAAUAGUAGUAAGUUCUCAUAUCGUUGGGGGCGGGGUGGUUAGUGCGGCCAAGUCCGAGUCCCAGGAAAAGAGAAAAGGGACUCGGGAGAGCGUAAAAGUUUGUCUCAGCUCCAGCACCCUGAGCCUCAACACGCCCUCAGGUAAAGGUGGGAGUAAAUGGCCACGCUGUAUUGACAGAGUACAAAGGCAGGCAGUCGAGGGCAGAGGAAGCAGGCACAGAGGGAUACAGGCAGAAGGAAAGAGAACGUGGAGAGAGACGGAGCGAGUGGAAGAGGAAGCGAGAGCGAGCGCCAGGGAACCAGAGGCCCCCUGGACGCCCGGCCCUCGGGCCCAGCCGCCCUCGGACCCUGGACCGGGAGUCGUGGGCACCAGAAGCGAGACUCGGCCAAGUCCUGCCCCACCAGGUGGCAGGAGACCUGCAUCGCAGGUUGUAGCAGAUUUCCUCAACAUUUCUCUUGAAAUUUCCUUAUCUCCGUUUGCAAGAGGAGCCCCAGAGCCUCAUCCCUGUGGUAGCUACCAUGUUCUGGUAUAAGCUGUUAUUCACCAGGGAGCUUUGGCAAGAGAAUGGCUGUAUCAGGAAGUCCAUCUCCACCGUGGAAAAACAACUUGAAGCUCGUCUUUAUUGACUAGUAUAAACAAAUCCCAAGGUCAGAGACUGGUAGGGCUGAUGCUCACUGAAGUCAAAGAAAGGCCUCACUCUAGGGAGAGGAUCCUUAUACGACAGGUGUACUGUCUGUAGGAUGGAGAUAGACUGAAUACCCGCUUCGCUGAAUACCGGCUUCAGAUCACCUUUCACAUUUUCUUGUUGGAAAGGCAACUGUUGGAGAAUCAUCUUGUUACCGUCAGCAAAAAUGGAAACAAAUCAAGACAUUAAGAAUGCCACGGUGAAGGACUUCCCUGGUGGCCCAGUGGUUAAGAAUCCACCUGCCAAUGCAGGGGACACGGUUCAAUCCCUGGUCCGGGAGAUCCCACGUGCCACGGAGCAACUAAGUCCAUGCGCUACAACUACUGAGCCUGCGUGCCUAGAGCCUGUGCUCCGCAACAAGAGAAGCCACCGCAAUGAGAAGCCCAUGCACCUCAAUGAAGAGUAGCCCUGCUCGCCACAACUAGAGAAAGCCCAUAUGCAGCAACGAAGGCCCAACGUAACCAUAAAUAAGUAAAUAGAUAGAUAGAUAGAUAGAUAGAUAGAUAGAAAGAAUGACGCAGUGAGUGACCAGCGGUUAAUGAUGCCAGUGUUAUGCAAGGUUCGGCAAAGGAAUUUUUCAAGACAGUGUGCCUCACCAGCCAGAAAUCAGGAAAGGUUGAACCUCUCCUUUUUGUCUCAGCUCUUUCUUAAAUCAAUGCAGCCCCUCCAAAUUAAAGUGAAUUGAAACAUGCAUUGCCUUUUCAACUUAAUUGAGUACUUAACUAUGUGUGAAUCACUGUACAAAACAGGGGAGGGAAAAUGAGGA